GCCUAUACUACUAUGCACUAUUAUGUGAAUGAAUAUUAAUCGAAUUUCACGUUAUAUAUAACACCGCGUCGAGAUGAUAAUCCUCGUUCAUGCGUAUUUCUUAAACCCUUCCUUCAAUCUGCGGUUCACUACGCAUGAUGAGUGACCCCAACUCCCCCUCUCCUGCUGAAACAGAGAAUCUCGUUGUUAUUUUCCUGGGUUUUGCGUUUGCGACAUUCUUCUACGGCUUGACGUUCUUUCAGAUGUACAUAUAUUUUUCACGAUACUCGAAAGAUGAUAUGUGGAUAAAAGUCUUGGUUGGGGCAAUAUUUGUCCUUGAUACCACUUCAGCCGGUCUAGUAUCUGACCUAGUAUAUGACUACCUGAUAACAAUGUUCGACGUGAACCUGGAGGUCAUAUAUGCAACUCCAGCUUUUUGCAUACAAGAUCUCCUUUCGGUCAUUAUCACUCUGAUUGCGCAAUUAUUCUUCGCUAAACGACUUCAUACUGUUUGUCGUGGUCCUACGAGUAUCACUUCGAGAUCCGUCAGCGUGGUAGUGCUUUUUUGUGCCUUCAUCGCCUUUGUUUUCGGCUUGGUUUCAGUAGGGCAAUUUUUCCAGCAAAGGGAGUUGUCGGCAUUCGCUUUGCCUUCUAUGGCAGUUAUCGCUGGCAUCAGCCAAGGCUUCGCAACAGUCGCGAACAUCAUCAUUUUUAUUGCGAUGUAUUGGUCAUUGCGUCCAGCACGUUAUCCAGACAUGUCCCUGCCUAAGGGAGUGUUUGAAAACCUUUCUAUGUUGUUUGUUGGCCGUGGUCUGGGACUCAUCAUCAUUCAGCUGGCGUAUCUUGGCACAUUCGUUGCUUCGCCAGGGAAACCAUACUGGGUAGCAGUCCAGAUGGUCGCAUCCAGGAUUUACGCCAAUACUGUCUUGGGACUCUUGAACGUCCGGGAAGUCAGACGCGGCAUGGGUCUCAACGAAGAAGAUACCUUUUCUGAUCGGCACGAUUCCCGAGACGAUGGCUUACCAAGCGCGCUCCAAUUCCGCAGCACAAAGGGGACACAGCAGUCAUCGAGCUCUUCGCAAGAGGCGGAGAACAGCAGGAGUAGCGAAAUCGAAGAAAUGAGCAAAUCAUUCACUGAUGACCAUAACUUGGAAUCCAUUCAUUCUCGUUGUAGCGAACAACUUGCGUAUGACAAGGCAAGUUUGUCGUGAUACGGAAUUUGCGAUUCGCUGGUUGCACGCCUAACAAUAUCAAUAUCAAUAUCAUUGUACUAAUUAUCGCUGUCGUCGCUCUCGCACUUGCUUUCCUUGCUUUCGCCCUCACUUGUAUUAUAUUGCCAUCGAUGCUACAGUCGAUUCGUGCAUAACCCACAUUAGUCCCUACUUGAAGUAGCUCGGACUUGGAACACAUUAUAUCACGGACUCAGGAAUAACAUAGCAUAUAUCGUACAUAUUGUACGUAGUAAGUAUCUACGUUCCAAAACAAUUAUUUUGGGAAACCACA